AUGAUAAAAACAACUUGCGUUUUAUUUUGCUUAUUUUUAAGCUUUGGCCUAACAAUUUCUACUCAAAAUAAUGAAUAAAGAAUUUUAUAGGCUAAUGACCUCUCACCAUUAAGUUCAUCUAUGAUGUUAACUAAUGGGUUAACUUUAGACUACUAAAUAUAAGGCACAGAUUUAAUUAUGAUGAUAGAGUCUACUAAAUAACAAGGUUGGAUUGGAGUGGGAUUCGGAGCUACUAUGUCUAAUACAGAUAUGGUUAUCUUUUUUGCUAAUUAAGGUGGGCAACCUGCCGUAUCAGAUGUAUAUUCAUCCGGAGAAGUAACACCAUCAACUGAUACUCAGUAAGACUGGACUUUAUUAGGGUCACAAAUUACUUCAAGUAGUUUUAAGAUGAAGGCUAAGCGUGCUUUAAGUACUGGAGAUAGCCAAGAUACUGUUUUAGUAUAAGGAAAAAGUUACAGCUUUUGUGUUGCAUGGAGUUCAUCAACAAGUUUUGUUUAGCAUGAUGACUAUUAUUCGUUUUCAGGAAAACUAGAUAAUAAUUUAGGAACUGUUUAGGCUACUGCCAUUAAUAUUGGAGUAGGAGAAGUUGCACUAAAUGUUCAUAAAGUUUGGUUGUUUUAUGGAUGGGGUAUAGGAGCUGAUAUAGGUAUUUUUGUUGGACGUUACCUAAAAGCAUGGAAGCAUCACAUUUUAGUUCACGCAAUGAUCUUUUUCAUAAUCAAUGUUUCUACCAUUGUCUUAGAAGCAAUAGUAAUAAAUGGAAAUGAUUACAAGCUUGGUGAUGUCAGUAAUCUUGAUAGUAAUGUUAAAAAUCAUUUUAUAAUAGGAUGCGUAAUCAUGGCCUUGAUCAUUUUAUAGCAUUUAGGAGGUAUUUUACUAAAGAUAGGUAUAGAAGGAACAAACAAGCAUGUCAAUACUAUUAAAAAAUUCCAUUUAGUUUCUGGUAUUAUCAUCUACGCAUUAGCAAAGGCUAAUAUUUUGAUUGGAACAGAUUUAAAUAGCCCUACUUCUAUAACUUACAACUAUAACUAGGGUAUAAUAAUAACUGUAAUUUCAAUAGUCUUUCUUUUCUUUUGCGAAUUAUUUUCAAGAUUUUACAAGUACAAAACCUCAAACUAAAUAUUUGACACCAAUAAAUCAUUUGAUAACACUAUUCUUAAUGAAAAUCCUGAUCAUUAAGAACUCUUGAGAAUGCUCAAUGUAGAGAAAAGAGAAAUUUCAUAAAUAAUAGCUGCUUUACCAAAUUUAAAAUGGGUUAUUUACAAUCAAGGAAUUUAUGACAUAUCUGAUCUUGUUCAUCCUGGAGGAUAAUUUAUUAUUAAAGAAGUUAUAGGAAAAGAAGUCGGAAGAUAUAUGCUCGGUGCACUACCUUUGGAAGGACAUAACUUCUAACCUUAUGCCCAUUCUUCCUCAGCUUUUAAUUUAUUAAAAAAAAAUAAGAUAGGCGAUUUAAAUUAUGGUGAAUCUAACAUUCUAGCAUUAGCUAACCAAAAAGAAUCAAAUGAAGCAGAAAACAAUAAUAAUAAGCUGAAACUCUUUAACAAUUACAAAUUAAUCAAAAAAACACAGAUAUCAGAGACCACUUCUUAAUUUGAAUUUUAGGCAAAUGACUUGGUAAUCAAAAACGUUUUAUAAGGAGUGAAUUGGAUCGGUAGACACUUUUUGAUAAAAACUUAAAACUCCAACAAAAGUAGACUUUAUACUUAAUUGAACUGCAUGACUGAUGAAAAUGUAAAUCUUAGACAACAACUAGUUAAUUUUGCCAAAAACAAACUAGAAAUGAAAAAUACUGACAUGAUAGAUGUUAAGACUUUAAGCAAAUACUCUUAAACACUGCCAUUUAUCAUUAAAAAGUAUAACUUUUCUGGAGCCCUCUCUAAAACAAUUCAUGAACAAAACUCUUAAAUUAGUUAUCAAAUUUAUGGUCCUCUUGGAAAUGGUUUAGGCUUCAGUGAACUUACAUAAAAUAAAAAAUUCUGCAUUAUGACCGCAGGAACAGGUAUACUACCAUUCCUUGAUUUAUUUGACUUCUUACUUAAGAAACAAAUUUAGUAGAGUGUACCUGAUCAUGCAAAAGAAUUAGAUCCUUUCAAUGUAAAUUAUAAUAAAUAUUUUGAAGGAUGCUAAUUUACAGUAUAUUGUGCCUUUUUGAGUCUUGAUGAUUUUGUAGGUAAAGAAUGGGUUUUAUUCCUUAACUAAUUAAGUAAACAAACUCAAAAUAACCUCUUUAAAUUAGUUCUUAAGGUUUCUAAAGGUUAAAUGCCUGAGAAUGUAGAAAAGUUGAAAUUUAGAGGCUUUUAAGAUUUAAUAACAAGUGAAAUUAAUAAUGAAAGCUUUGAUAAGAUAUACAUUUGUGGUCCUCCUGUAAUGUUUAACAGUACAAUAGAAGCUUUAUAAAAGAAAUAAGUAGAAAAUACUAAAAUAUUUAUUGUUUGA